AUGGUCGCGUUUGACGUGUUUCAGCGAGUAUUAGCGGCGGGCGCUACCGAUCGUGAUAGCGAAUCAGAUCUCCAACCCCGCUCGCCCUCGUCAUCCGAAACCCCCCGGGCCCAAACGCCUUCUGAUCUGACCAAUGCGGCUACCGUGCCCAUUCCCAAGACAUCCGCCGUCGAGGAUGAAGAUUUCGAGCCCAUUGAGCCAAUCUCGACCUCUCAAUCAGGGGCAUCCGACACAAAAACGAUCGCCGUUGACCCUAAAGAUAGCGAGAUCGUGCGACUGCAACGCUCGCUCACUGAAUCUAAAACAGCACACAAGGCCCGUGAAGUCCAACUUCGAAUCACGAAGGAGGAACUUCAAAAUGCACGCGAAGCGCUCAAUGAUACCUUUGCGGAAUACUCUGGCCUCCGUGAUCAGCUGAAAGCCAUCAAACAAAACUUGGGCCGAGACCAUCAGGCGAUUGUAUACCGGAAAGACAUCGAGCUGUUUGCACUUCGAAAGGGCAACGAGCAGAAAGACAAAAGCAUACAGGAUCGCGAUAGCCAGCUUGAAGAGAUGACCCGGCAACACAAGACGAUAAUGGAAGUCAAAGAUGCGCAGCUGAAGCUAAUGAGGGAGCGGUUGAUCUCUAUGGAACGACAGUCGAGCCCGCGGUUUUCGGAAGACGGGGACGAUGGGCAUGCCCUUGAAGUCCGAAUGCUACGGAUCAAGAAGGGCAGAAGUUCUCCGGAGGUUGAGGAAGACAAGGAUGUGAUCAUUGCAAAGCUGCGAGAACAACUCGCCGCCAGUGCCCAGACCAAGGAGGAGGUUGUCAAUCAGCAAGCCGAGCUGCAAAGAUCAUGGGAUGUUGCCAAGAAGAUACAAAAGGCCCUCAAGGAAGAGCGAGAAAAGCACACUCAGACUCGAGAGCAGUUGGAGGAGUCCGCCGUUAAGCUGGCGGAACUUGAGCCACAGCCCAGAAGUCGAGCAAACUCUGUGGUCGGACGAUUGCCGACGAUUGACGAGGAUGAGCACGACAAGGAAGAGCUCGAGGCUAUGUUCAAUACCACCCAACAAGACAACCUUCGCCUAUACGCCGAGGUGGCCGCUCUCGAGAAGCGACUGGUCGAGGCUAAUGCCCGCUUGUUCACUGCGCUUCAAGAGGCUGAGGCUAUCAAGGUGCAGCUCAACCAAGAGAUGGAAGUCAACGAGGACAUGGAGACCGCCCGCCCAAGCGUAGUGCAUCGUGUUCAUUUCCAGCGCAUGGAGGGUGAGGUGUCCGAGCUACGGCAAGCACUUGCCAGCAAGGACGAAGAGAUGGAGUUGCUGAGGAAUACUAUCGCGGAGAAAGACCACUACGUCAAGGACAUCCAAGGUGAACUUGACGCCGCUGCCACCUUCCACACACAGGACCAAGACGAGAUUGAACGCUUGCAGCAAUCCAUCGACGAGCUCAAAGCCACCAAGUAUCAGCUCAUGCUCGAUCACGAGCGCCUCGGCUCCCAGCGCACCCGGCAGCGUGUCAUUUCCAUGGACCGGCCUGACCGCUUCUCUGCUCGCUCAAGUGGUGCGACACUCAUCCACGAACCGAGUCCACCGCUGACGAAGAUAUCAGACGAGGCACCACCCGUGGAAGCCAUACCGAUUCCACCUAUGCCCGUAGUCCCGGAACGCGAAGGAAGCAUCCAAGAGACCCCUCAACGCCAUCUCCGCAGCAAGAGCUCGCCGAAGGAAACGCCAAACCGCUGGAGUCUGAUGUCGCACGACGUCCCGCCCGCCGAACUGAGAGAGCUCAAGACCAACCGCCGAAGGAGCCUCGGCCUGAAAGUCAUGAUGCAGAAGAUCGUCCGCAAGACCCAAGAGCCCGAGCAGCCAUCCGCCGACGCCGCAACACCAGCUCCAGAAGCCCUUCCCAAACGCGAAGAAUCCAAACUGCGCCGCGUCCUCGCACCCAAGGACAAGAACAUGUCCAUCCGUCCUUCCACCGCCGCAUCAGCCAUUCCAUCCAAACCCGUCGGCUCCCAAGCCGCCGAUACACCGUUGACAUCGCCUCUUCCCACCAACGUGCGUCCUCCGAACCCGCGACGCAACACACCGACUACACCUCGUUACUACGCUGUUACUGCGAAUGCGACGGGUCCGGAGGCUGGUGCGGCGCAGAAAGAGGAGGUGAAGGAGAAGGAGAAGGAGAAGGAGAGGCCGAGGUCGGCGAUGGGGCCUGAGGCGGCGAAGUCGAAGAGUCGGUUGAGUUGGGGUGCUACGAAUAAGCUGAAGCGACGAUCAUUGUACUGA